AUUGCCCGUCGGUUCGGGGCGGGCCGUCGCUCUGAGCCGCCGGGAUCGGGCUCCGCUCGGCUCGGCCUUAUCCCCGCCAUGGCGUACGGUGGCCUCACGGUUCCCAUCAUCGCCAUGACCGUCUUCUGGGGGGUGGUCGGCGGCGUCCUGCCGUGGCUCGUGCCCAAGGGGCCCAACCGCGGCGUUAUCAACACCAUGCUGGUGACGUGUGCUGUUUGCUGCUACCUGUUUUGGCUGAUUGCAAUUCUGGCUCAGCUCAACCCCCUCUUUGGGCCGCAGCUGAGCAAUGAAACGAUCUGGUACCUUAAAGUUCACUGGCCUUAAGGAUGGCGGUUCCCUGCUGUGCUGCCUUGCACUGACUAGGUAAAGAAGAGAUUUCCUUCAGAUGAACAACCUCCACAGAUCCAAAGACGCCCUUAACAUACCUGGUUGGAUACCAGUCCUGCAUUAAUGCCUUAACACGUAUAUUACUGUGCUCCAGAAGGCUUGUUGAAAGCCCUCUAUUUUUCCUACUUUACCUCCUAACAAUGUGCCUAAUCUAACUCCUCUUUAGUACUGUGCAUUUUUAUCUGUUAACUUCAGGUAUGAUUAAAGCCUUUACAGGGACGUUGCCAGCUUCCCUGUGCACUUUACUUGCUUCGUAGCAAUGCUGUAUCUCAGAGGUUUGUAGCUGUUCAUUCCUGUUCUGUUUGCACUUGAAACGUCUUUAGAGGAAACGAAACCGUAUGAGGAGAGAGAACCAAUGCUGCCACAUGUUGAUGGCAUUUAUUUUUUAAAAGGAGUUGUGGUUUUGGGAAAUGUGGUCUUAAAUUUCUCAUACCGGGAAAUAAAAGAAAUCUUCUGCUUUA